GCAGUAGAGAGGCGAGAGCCCGGCAGCCGCUUCGCGCUGUGUUUGCUGCGCGGGCUUUUGGAGGGGGCGGCCGUUGAGUGGGUCCAGGAGAAGCGGGCACCGGCGGCGUUGGUACUGGCGCCUGGGGGCGGGGGACUGGGGCGGCGAGAAGGGGGGGGUCGCUGCGGUGGUUCUCUUGCUGUCGCGCUCUCCCUGCCUUUCUCCCCGCUCGGUGGGCUGCCCCCCGGCGUGUCACUCGCCUCCGGGGCCCCGCUCCCCGCCCCCCGCGGUAUGUCUUGAUCCCGAGCAGCGGGUUUCAUGGGGCUCCUUAGGAUUAUGAUGCCGCCCAAGUUGCAGCUGCUGGCGGUGGUGGCCUUCGCAGUGGCGAUGCUCUUCUUGGAGAACCAAAUCCAGAAACUGGAGGAGUCCCGAUCAAAGCUAGAAAGGGCAAUUGCAAGACAUGAAGUUCGAGAAAUUGAGCAGCGACAUACGAUGGAUGGCCCUCGGCAGGAGGCCACGCUGGAUGAGGAAGAGGACAUGGUGAUCAUUUAUAACAGAGUCCCCAAAACUGCAAGCACCUCAUUUACCAAUAUUGCCUAUGAUCUGUGUGCAAAGAAUAAGUAUCAUGUUCUUCACAUCAACACUACCAAAAAUAAUCCAGUGAUGUCACUACAAGACCAGGUACGCUUUGUAAAGAAUAUAACUUCCUGGAAAGAGAUGAAACCAGGGUUUUAUCAUGGACAUGUUUCUUAUUUGGAUUUUGCAAAAUUUGGUGUGAAGAAGAAGCCAAUUUACAUUAAUGUCAUAAGGGAUCCUAUCGAGAGGCUAGUUUCUUACUAUUACUUUCUGAGAUUUGGAGAUGAUUAUAGACCAGGGUUAAGAAGACGAAAACAAGGAGACAAAAAGACCUUUGAUGAAUGUGUGGCUGAGGGCGGCUCAGACUGUGCUCCGGAGAAGCUCUGGCUUCAAAUCCCGUUCUUCUGUGGCCACAGCUCGGAAUGCUGGAAUGUGGGAAGCAGGUGGGCUAUGGAUCAAGCCAAGUAUAACCUAAUUAAUGAAUACUUUCUGGUGGGAGUCACUGAAGAACUUGAAGAUUUUAUCAUGUUGCUGGAGGCAGCUUUGCCCCGGUUUUUCAGGGGCGCUACAGAACUCUACCGGACAGUAGGAAAGAAAUCUCAUCUUAGGAAAACCACGGAGAAGAAACUCCCAACUAAACAAACCAUUGCAAAACUGCAGCAAUCUGACAUUUGGAAAAUGGAGAACGAGUUCUAUGAAUUUGCCCUGGAGCAGUUCCAGUUCAUCAGAGCCCACGCUGUACGGGAAAAAGACGGAGACCUCUACAUCCUUGCACAAAACUUUUUCUAUGAAAAGAUUUACCCUAAGUCGAACUGAGUACAAGGUGUGACUGUUAGGUUCUUGAACUAAAACUUCAACCUUGUCUUCACCUCAGCCCCACAAGUCGGGUUGCUGAUGGGUGUGAGAGACAGUGUGUGUUGAGCCGAGUUAGGGAGCAGUUAACACCCGGGAAGUAGAUGCUGGCUGGUAGGUUUCAGUGGCCUCAGAGGUUUCCGUUUCAGCCUUUUUUUCUUUUUCUUCCUCUUUUUUCUUCUUCUUUUUUCCUGGUUAAAUUUUGGUGGGAGUUAUAACCUCCUGCCUAGAAAAAGCCUACACAUCAUCUAAAACUAACACAUAGUGGGUCUAAUUGGAGGCUAAAUACAAUUUCAAACAUAAGUUCUGAUAGUGUCUUUUGGACAAAACAUUUUUUUCCCAGCUAACCAUGAAUGAAGAUUAAUCCAUUUGCUGCUUCCGCCUUCACCUGGAGGUUUUGGGUCAUACACCUCUACUGAAUAGUGUUACUGUUUGGCAGUGUGUGCUUUGUUUUUGUGAAUCAUGUCUCAUGAAACUUAUUGGAGUGUUUGAUCCUAUUUGCUAAGAAUGUUUCUGCCGUAGUUGGAAUUGCCCACAUUUAUGUAGGUCGUUUUAAUAUUCUUUGAAAAAACCGAUCAUUAGUGUUAAAAGCCAAUUUUAAAAGAAUCAAAGCAGUAUUUCUGAUUCGUGUCUUUCUAGUAUCUAAGACUGGGGAGACACUUCAAGGAAUGUUGACAUUGUCUGGAGUUUUAGUUAAGGCUUCCACACAUUGAUGUCAGAAAAGUAAGUUUAGUAUUUGUUCCUCCAUGGGUUAUUUGUAGAGCAUAUACUUACAUAUUGGUGAUUCCAUAUUAUAACUCCAUUAGUGAGCUGUGGUAUGGGUAGGAUUUUCCUACUUCUUCUGUACUUUUACUUGUAGACUAUUUUUACUAAGGUGCUUUAUAAUGUGUUUUAAAGCAUUGCAUUUACAAAAAAAAAAAAAAGAAAAGAAAGGAAAAUGCUGUAAAUACUGCAUAUUUUAUGUAUUUGGACCAAAUGGUUAUAAGUUAAUUAGGUAAAAGUGGUUUUGCACCAGUUUUAUUAUGUCAAGUAAAAUCAUCAGACCUACUGUUCUUGUAGUUCUCAAUUAACUUAACUGUUAGACAUCACUGAAAUGGACUUCGGUAACCUUUCAGUUUUGAUACACAGAACAUUAUUCAUAAUUGGGGGCAGUAAUUCAAGUGGGAAGAGUACUGGCCAAGGAGUCAGAAAAUCUGAUUUCUGGUCCUGGCUCUGCCACUUAUCAGCUGUGUGAUCUUGGGCAAGUCACUUAACCUCUCUUUGCCUCAAUUUCCUCAUCUUGAAAUGAGGAGACUAAUAUCUGCUGUACCUACCUCACAGGGGUGUUGUGAGGAAUAAAUGAGACGGCACAUGAAAGCA